GAAUAGUACGCCUUUUAAUUUACCCUUCUUUGCUGUUAAAAUUGUUCUCUCUCUCUCCUCAUUCCUGGAAAAAGGCUUCAAGCAUACCGAUUUUCCGACGAAGUCACGGCGGACCUACAUCACCUUCAACCGACCUCUUCACUGCACCAUUGUUGGGGGCGCACGAAUUUCGAGGAAAACCAUUCAAUUUGUUGGUUCCUGAUUGUUUGGGGAAAAAAGAUGGAGAAGGGGGAGUCUUCGCAGCAAAUUUCGGAUGAAGAAUCCUUGGUUUCGAUUCCUCGAGGAGGUCCUAUCUUUGUACAUGAUUUUGUAAGCCCCCUCACUAGAGUUUCAGUUUUUGAAUCUGAGGUUUUCCAUGAAUUGGAAAGUUUGAAGGCUGAGUUAGGUUCUGAACCUACAGAUUUUGCAGAAGAAGAUAUUUCGGUGGAUGAACUGAAAAUAUACAGUGAUGAGGAGUUGGUUGCUGAGGCUAUGAAGAUUGCAUUUGAGGAUGAUCUGGAGGAUGAAACUUCUUCAGACAUGGCAGAAGACCCAUGCUGCUCAAGGGCUGAAGAUUAUCAAAGGAUGUUUGAUGCUGAUAUGUAUGCUUCAUGUGACUCCUCUACUGGCUUUUCCUCUGAUACAAGUUACAAUGGAGAUAAAGUUGAUGCCAAUUUGAACAAGAGGAAGAGAAAUACUAAGAAUAAGGCCAAGUCAAAGAAUGGGAAGACAAAGAAAUUGAUUAAUCAUGCAAAGGAUAAUCAAGUUGAUGUAUUGUUCUUCCUCAGACAAGACCUGCAGAAUGUAGCUUCCAUAUUUUUCAGGACUCCUAUCUUGCAAAAGUGGAGCAUCUUGCAAAAAUCAGGCAGAAGCAGGAAGAAGAUAAAGCAUCAUCGUGAGAAGGAUGACGCUGCUGCUUUAUCUUCUGGAAUUGAAACUCUUAAAUAUCUCGAAGCAUAUAAUUGUCCAGUCAAGGUGAAGUGUUCACUGACAGGGAAACCUGGACCAAUUCAAUAUCCAGAAGUGAUUCUGUGUGUUGAGAUCUAUCAUAACAAAUGUUCCUGGCAAAAGACACAAGAAUUAUUGGUCCUUGGGAGUCAGGCCCUGACUGAGCUGAGGGAUAAGAUUCGCUGUUUGACGGAUACGGUUAUGCAGAAAGCUGGUGCAUAUGACCCAUCUGGAUAUUUCCUAAUAGAGGAGGUGUUCUGCAAUGACUUAAGGGACUCUUCUGCUAUUGACUAUAGUGAGCCAAUUUUUGAUUGGCUUAAGAAUCAGAAAGAAGAGGCACUUGCAAAAUGGAAUUGCAUUCUAUCUGGUGUAGGAAAGCGUCGGAAGAUUCCUUUGGAGAGCAAGCCAAUUUCCAAGUUGCCUAAUUUUAGAUCAGUGGAUAUGCACAGGGCUCGCUUUUGCGACUUGGGAUUCCGUCUUGGCUCUGGAUAUCUUUACUGCCACCAGGGAGGUUGUAAGCAUGUUAUUGUGAUCAGAGACAUGAGAUUGAUUCACCCUGACGAUGUACAAAACCGGGCAGCUUACCCGUUGAUUGUGUAUCAACUGAAAAAGAUUUUGAAGAAGUGCUCCGUCUGUCGUAUCUACAAAGCCACAAAGGUGACUUUAGACGAUAAGUUGGCCGGGGAAAACCCUUGUUACUUCUGUGAUAACUGUUAUUACCUCCUCCAUUACUCUGCAGAUGGAACUCUGCUGUAUAGUUCCUUCAAAGUGUACGAUUAUCUUCAAGAUUACUGCUAGUGUUCUUUUUGUAUUGAAGGUGUACCACUGUAAUUGUAUAUUCUAUUCUGUUCUUUCUCCUCCAUUGGAUGUCUUCGCUCUUAAAGAUCAUUUCUUUACUAUUGUAGAUUAGUAUUCUUUGAAUCUCUGUAUGAGAAUCUAAAAAUAAUUUGUUAAUAAAUUACAUCUAAAUUUAUGUUAAA